AUGAAGAUCUAUACUAUGCCAAUCUCUCAGCCCUGCAGGGCAUUGUCCUGGGCAUGUGCCUAUGAGAACGUUCAAGUGGAAGAGGUGCAGACGAUGCCCGGGAAAGACACGCGCUCCAAGGAGUUUCAAGCACAAGGUGUAAUACCAGCAGUCCCUCGAUUGGAAGAAGAUGGCUUCAUUCUCAAUGAGAGUCAUGCCAUCAUGGCAUACUUGGGAGACAAGUUCGAGUGGAAACUUUAUCCUCGUGAUGCCCGCAUCCGUGCACGUAUUCAUCAGUACAUGAACUGGCACCACCAGAACACCCGACGGAUCACCAUGGCACUGUUCGCUCCGGUGAUGCGACCGGAUUUGAAGAUCUCUCCCGAGCAGACGAAGCAAUGGAUGAAGGAGAUUGCACAGACUCUCCAAUCCAUCGAGCGCUGGCUGAACGAGAACCCGUGGCUAUGUGGCCCGGCGCCCACUGUGGCGGAUUUGUCUUGCUAUUGUGAAGUGGGUCAGUGCCUGGACAAGUUCACAGGACUCUUCAAGUUGAAUGGCAUCGACUUGCUUGGCUAUCCCAAGUUGACGCAGUGGCUGGAGGCGUGCGAGCAGCUGCAGGGCUUCGAGGUGAGCCACGCAGCGCUCAGCCAGCUGUCUCCUGCCAUCCGAGGCGCAGAAGGCAAUGUCCAAGAUGUGACCGCAGAGCCCGACCGCAACUCUGCCAAGCUGGCGCAAGGAGGGCCGAGAGUCGAGCGGCUCCAGCGGCUGGAGGUGACUGGGAACAAUGUCCAUGACACCUUUGGCCACGCCCAGCUCUACGCCUUUACAGGCCAUCAAGAAUUGAAACGGUGUUUGCGUAUCGGUGAGAUGUUUUGCGUAGCAAAUGAUGAUGAUGAUGAUGAUGAUGGUGAUGGUGAUGGUGAUGAUGAUGAUGAUAAGGGCUGCGAGUGGUUCGAACUCGUCGGGUGCUGCAUGGCGUGGAGCUUCUUGUCCUUACGCUCUGCGCUCCUGAACCUGUUCUCCCCUGCCAAGCACGGCGGCCGCAGCUGGACCUGGCGCACCUUCUGGACUGGCGCUCCGGCUCCUCGCCUUCAUCACGGGGGACGGGCGCUGGCGCACGUCGAUUUUGUGAGGCGGGUGACCUUCGAGUACAAGUUCGAUAAUGGGUCUUCACCUGGACCAUAUCCCUAUGAUGCACAAGAUUCCAUGAAGUCCCUAGUAUCCUGGCCACACAAAUGGACCUGCGCGCAGACCUGGCGGGCCCCGCCGGUAGCUGCUGAUGUGGCUGCGGAUGGGCGGGCCGUGGGGCUCCUGACCUAUCUUCGACACUGGAGAAGAGAUCAGGAGAUGAAACGAGAGGGUGAAGAAGAAGUCACAGAACCAGCCAUGAAGCGCGCCAGACAAACCAUGGCAGCUCAGUUCCCGCAGAAGCAACGGCAGCAGAAAUGUGGCAAGUCGGCAAUAACCAUUGGUGCCAAAGCAUUGCACAACAGCUUGAAGAAGGACGGCAUUGGAAGUUCAGCUGGCAAAGGGCAAGAAUCAAGGCACCUUCCAGACAGCCUUCUACCGGAGAUCUCCAGUCGCAUUGGCAUGGGUCGACUUGACGGCUUCGAAGGCACAGCUUUCUCCAAGCUUUGCCACCAUCGGUCGACACAUUGCGACAAAUUUGCGUCGGACGAAGACCACUUGGACAGGGCGGCGGUGGCGGGGCCUUUGCCGGUGGCUGCCGUGUUGACGCAGCCAAACUGUUGCAUUGCAGUGGCGCUGGUGACGCACUGGUUCAGGAAGCCUGCUACUACCAACCUCCAGGGGCUGCCCGACUUCGAGUCUGACGGCCAGCCCUCCAUAAGCCGCAGAAGUUCCGAGGCCCAGCUGAAUCCCUUCCAGCCACCCCAGAUGGACCUGCCGGAGCCAGGCGACCCAGCCCCUGGAGAUGAGGAACUUCAGAUUGUCUCAGAGGAGGUUCGGCCAGAGGAACUCUUCCGAAGGCUCGAACUCUUCCGGGACUUUGCUGAGGGCUUAGCCCGGCACCUAGAUACAGUCACGAUUCCCAGUGUUUCGGAGAUCACCGAGCUCAAUGAGAAGCUACAGGAGAUCCAUGAGAAUACGCUCGGCACCAACCUCACUCAAGCAGAAGGCUUCAUUCUUAGGACCUCUUUGCGAUUGGCGAUGUUGGCAUAUGGGCGAAAUGAUGGCAAGGGCUUGUCAUAUCAUGAGUUAAGGGGAACAGAAAAGCAGGUCUCUAUGCUUGAGCUGCAGUUCACGAGCUUUCGCCACAAGUUCCGGACGGAUGACGCAGCCCACCUGGUGGCAUAUCUCUUCAAGGUGCAAGGGCCCAAAGGGCCUGGGGUUGGCAUCGUGUUGAGCUACAAAGGCUCCACGAACUUAGCUGAUUGGAUGUGA